AUGUGGGUACCCGAUAAAACUAAUAAGAGUUUUAUCUUUACCUGUUUAGAUCAAAAAUAUCAUAGUAUACCUGUAGGUAGAGAACGAUACCAGCUAUGGGGUGGAUGUUUUGAUGAAGAACCUUCAACAGUAUUAAGGCGUCUAAAUGAUUCCCUUGAAAUAGAUUCACGUCUCUUUCGAGAGGAUAUUAAAGGUAGCAAAGCUUGGGCAGCAGAACUUAAUCGAAGCGGACAUUUGGGCAAAGAUGAUAACGAAAUAUUACAAUUAGGACUAAACAAAGUGGAAAAAGAUAUAGAAAGAGAUCUCAGGUAUGGGCGUCUAAAAGAUGCCGAGGAAGACAUUCAUUCGGUUGUUGAAAGACGAUUAAAAGAUUAUGCUGGAGAGUCUGCUUUACGUCUACAUACUGGUCGAAGCCGCAACGAUCAGUCCGCUACCGACACUAAAUUAUGGAUGAUGACAUCUAUUCAAAGAGCGCAGUCCGAGUUAUUACGCCUUAUCAUGGUAUUAUCAAAGAGAGCGCGUGAAGAAAUUGACGUUAUCACUUCGGGAUACACUCACUUACAAAGAGCACAACCAAUUCGUUGGAGCCACUUUCUGUUAAGUUAUGCUUGGAUGUUUCGAGACGACUUCAUAAGACUAGAAGAACAAAAGAAUCGGCUCUCAUCAUGUCCCCUCGGUAGUGGAGCCAUUGCUGGUUGUGCUCUACCCAUCGACCGACGAAGAUUAGCUCAAAGUCUUGGAUUUAACGAAAUCACCCCUAACUCUAUGUUUGCAGUUGGCUCAAGAGACCAUAUAGUCGAAUUUCUCAACUGGGCGUCAUUAUGCGGAAUACAUCUUAGCAGAUUGGCGGAAGAUUUAAUAAUCUAUAGCUCCCAAGAAUUUAGCAUUAUCCAACAUUCAGAUCAAUUUUCUACUGGUUCCAGCCUAAUGCCUCAAAAACGAAACCCCGACGGCUUAGAACUCGUCCGUGGAGCUGCUGGACUUUUAUUAGGAAAUGCAUUCUCUUUCACUUGCAUAUUGAAAGGUUUGCCUAGCACGUAUAAUAAAGAUCUACAGUCUGAUAAAGAAAUUAUUUUCAGAUCCUACGAUAAAUUGAUGGACUGUUUUAAAGUAACCACCGGGACCGUCGAUACUAUGAAAGUAGAUGCUGCAAAAGCCUUGAAAUUAUUAGAUCCAGGCAUGCUAGCAACGGAUCUCGCGCAUGCUCUAGUACGUCGAGGAGUGCCGUUCCGACGCGCACAUCACCUCGUGGGCUCCGCUUUGCGCCGCGCCGCCGCCCUCGGCCUCGACUUGCAGCAACUGCCGCAUCAUGAAUACAAUGCAAUAUGCCCCGAAUUCGGUACUGAAGAAGAUUUACGGAAGAUGUUCUCUUGGGAAGAGAGUGUAGAACAAUAUACAAGUGAAGGUGGUACAUCAAAGGUUGCAGUUCUACUUCAGUUACAGCAACUUGAGAAGUGGAUAAAACCUUAUGAAAUACUUUGUGAAAGGAAA